AUGCCAAGAGCCAAGACAAGAGCCAAGAGCCCCAGAGCCAAAGCCAAGCCAAGACCAAAGCAAGAGCCACAGACAAGAGCCCAAGAUGCCAAGGAGCCAAGACAGACAAAGACCAGACGCCAAGACCAAGAGCCCAAGAGCCAAGAGCAAGAGCCAAAAAGCCAAAGAGCCAAGAGCAAGCCCAGAGACCAGAGACUCAAAGAGCCAAGAGCCGAAGUGAGCCAAUGCAAAGCCAAGCAAGCCAAGCAAGAAAAGCAGAGCACAAGCCACAGGAAGCCAAACCAAGACCAAACAAGAAGCCAAAGCAAUGAGCCAAGAAGCAAGAGCCAAGACCAAACCACAGCCAAG